GCGAACUACGAAGAAGUGCAAAGGGAGGGUUUUUGUUGCUGUGCUUAUCAGAGCGAGGGUUUUGUCGCUGAGUCUCUGAUUCGAUUAUUUCCAAAGAAUACAAAUCCCAAUGGCUGCAGCGAUCGCUCGACGAAUUCCAUCUCUUCAUCUCCCCUUUCGUUUCACCGUUUCCCCAUCGCCUUCCUCUCCUCCUCCUUCAAUUUCGUCUCUUCUCCCUUUGAGAUCCUCAAUCCCUAGGUUUCAGCGCCCCAUUAGAAGAGGAUCGCUGGUUCUGAGCUCGAUGAUUCCGGCCCACAGCGCGAUUGCCUCUGCUCGCCUCGUCUCUAAGCUGCCCAGCGAAUCGAACGACUGCAUUCAGGGUAGAUUUGCUAACUACCUCAGCCCCAUCUAAUGACAUUGAAAGCAUGUUAAAGUCAUCCUAGAUUCAUCCUCCUGCACAAGAACUUUAAGCUCGGAGGAGGCCAUCAAGAACUCUAUCCUUCUUUACUUGUUUUUCCAAUCUUGUCAUACCUCAGAAUAAUUGCCAAAUAAUUGAGCCGAAAACUUUUGGUGAAUGUUAUAUUACUUGUUUUAUAAGGCACUUGAUCUGAUCAUUGCCGUGGAGGUUAUACUUAUAAUGCAGAAAUCAAUUACAAGAAGCAUUUGAGAACAAUGUGUUUUACAUU